AACGCCUUUUGUGAGACCGGCAUGAAUGCAUCAGACGAGUCAAUCGAUGAUUAUACAUUACAAGUAGAAGGUUAUUCUUCUUCAUGUGAUGAAAAUACGAUAAAUCCUAAAAUUCAAGGGAGGAGAAUAGUAGAUUUCCGGUUCUUCAUGGAGCAAUUAUACGCUAUUGAUGCGCAUAGUGCAAAAUUUGGCUGCAGAUUGACUCACAUAAAAGUAUCAACAGAAAAACAAGUUGGUUUCUCAUCAACGUUUCAUGCAAAAUGUAUUAUGUGUGGAUCAAUUUUUACUAUUAAAACAUCGGAUGACAGUCACAAAAUUGAUAUUAAUUCAUCGGCAGUUUCUGGAACUAUCAUGACCGGCAUUGGUCUUUCCAGUCUUAACGAACUGGCUGCUUCUGUAGAUUUGCCGACUAUACCUUUCCGUUUAUACAGUAAAUGUCAUGACAUAGUUGCAGAAAUGUGGAAAAAUACUGCAGAAGAAACUAUGCAAAAAGCUGGUCAAGAAGAAGCUGAAGCUGCAAGAUUGCGAGGCGAUAUUAAUUCAGCAGGUGUUCCCAAAAUUGCAGUUCAAGCCGAUGCUUGUUGGAGCAAACACUCGUAUAAGUCAAAUUACUCUGCAUUAUCUGGUGUUGGCCGCAUCAUUGGAGAGCAUUCAGGAAAAGUUCUACAUAUAGGUGUUCGCAAUAAAUAUUGCGUAAUUUGCACUAGAGCGAAAAAAAAAGGUGUUGUUCCAAGAGUCCAUAAAUGCACAAAGAACCACUUUGGAUCUUCUACGAGUAUGGAACAGGCUAUACUAGUGGAAGGUUUCAAACAAUCAAUAAAGGAUAGGAACCUUAUAUAUAAAACUCUGAUAGCGGAUGGAGACUCAAGCACAUAUAAAAAUAUCCUUGAGAGCAGACCGUAUCCUGAUGUCCCCAUCCAAAAAAUUGAAUGUACUAACCAUUUACUGAGAAAUUACAACGGGAAAAAUUUAAAACUUUUGACAGACACCUCCAUACCACACUCAGAACGAAAGUUACUAAAUGAAGACCGUCAAAACAGAUUACGGAAAGCAAUUCGUGUGGCCGUAAAGCACCGAAAUUAAGAAAAUGGCACAGU